AGGCAACCCAAGCCAUCAUCAGCUAGCAGCAGCAAAUCGAAUAGCACAGCACCAACAUAUACAGAGAAAAAAGACGUACACCAGUCUUGAGAGACCAAAUUAAGCACCAAUGGCAGCUCUCGCCGUUGUCUUCGCCAUUGCCGCCGUUCUCGCGCAUUCAGCCGUCAGCGCCGCGGUGGCGGCGGCGGCUGACGACGCAUCUUCUGCAGCCGCUAGAAAUUUCACGAUAGCUUCUCCUCCCUCUCCGACGACCAAUGGUCCGGUGACAUACGUGUUCGGGGACUCGAUGUCGGACGUGGGCAACAACAACUACUUCCCCAUGUCCCUCGCCAAGUCCAACUACCCCUGGUACGGCAUCGACUACCCUAACCGCGAGGCCACCGGGAGGUUCACCAAUGGAAAGACCAUCGGAGACUACAUGGCCGACAAGUUCGGCGUCCCACCCCCGCCGCCGUUUCUGUCGCUGAGACUGACAGGCAAGGACGUGCUCGGCGGCGUCAACUUCGCUUCCGGCGGCGCCGGCAUUCUGAACGAGACGGGCGUCUACUUCGUUCAGUACCUCUCAUUCGACGAGCAGAUAUCGAGCUUCGAGAUCGUCAAGAAGGCGAUGAUCGCCAAGAUCGGCAAGGAGGCGGCAGAGGCCGCUGUCAAUGCGGCAUUGUUCCAAAUUGGACUCGGGAGCAACGACUACAUCAACAACUUCCUGCAGCCAUUCAUGGCGGACGGCACCACGUACACGCACGACCAGUUCAUCCGCCUCCUCAUCACCACCCUAGACCGGCAGCUCAAGCGGCUGUACGGUCUCGGCGCACGGAAGGUCGCGUUCAACGGGCUGGCCCCGCUGGGUUGCAUCCCGUCGCAGCGCGUCCGCUCCACGGACGGCAAGUGCCUGUCCCACGUCAACGACUACGCCCUGCGGUUCAACGCGGCCGCCAAGAAGCUGCUCGACGGCCUGAACGCCAAGCUGCCCGGCGCGCAGAUGGGCCUCGCCGACUGCUACUCCGUCGUGAUGGAGCUCAUCCAACACCCCGACAAGAACGGGUUCACGACGGCGCACACGUCGUGCUGCAACGUGGACACGGAGGUCGGAGGGCUGUGCCUGCCCAACACGAGGCCCUGCAGCGACCGCAGCGCGUUCGUGUUCUGGGACGCGUACCACACCUCGGACGCCGCCAACAAGGUGAUCGCCGACCGCCUCUGGGCCGACAUGAUGAUGAGCGCCGGGCAAGGCGGGGGCGCUUCGGCUCCUCGUCCUCGCGUCGUCGCCGCGUCUAGCCCCGCCGCGGCGCCGUCUCCGUCCCCGUCUGAGGACUACUGAGGAAACCGACCGUGCCGAUCGAUGGUGUUGCCAGCGCCAGCAGAGCGUUUUGGCAAUUGGAUCUGCAGAUGUUUAGUUCACCUCAUACGUGUUCACAGAGGAGCAUAUACAUAUGUUGCGUGUUUGCGUUGUGUCAUACUCAUACACAGAAGUUUGAGAAUGGAUUUUUUUUUAGAUGUCAAGAAUGGGAAAUUUAUGUGUUUGUAGUUU